GAAUCCAACAACCUAGCUAUCUCGUCAUUCACCAGUCACCUUUGGUCCAGUCUCUGCAUGCGAGCAUCUCAUCGACUAUUGCGUUGGGCCGCACCCUUCGGUCAAGCAACGAGUCGACCAUGGCCAGCGAUAUUGAAUAAGGCCCAUAUCCAACGUCAUGCAUUUCCCCCAGAAACGCCAGUCCUGCGGCGAACUGGCGGACAAGCGCGAGCAUUCUCAUCGACCUUGCCCACUCGAUUCAUGCUAGAUGCGGACUCCACAAUCUAUGCCCUCUCCACCGCACCCGGUAGAGCAGCCAUUGCUGUAGUACGCGUCUCCGGCCCAGCCAGUGUACCAAUAUACAAAGCCCUCUGCCCAAACACCACCCUCCCAAAACCCCGCCUUGCGGCUCUCCGCACCCUCUACGACCCAACCAAACCCCCAUCCCAAAACACAAUCCUCGACGCCGGCGCCUUAGUCCUCUACUUCCCAAACCCCAAAACAGUAACAGGCGAAGAUGUCCUGGAAUUCCACAUCCACGGCGGCCCCGCAAUUGUCAAAGCAGUCCUAUCGGCAAUCUCCAACACAAACACACCAAACCAUGAAGUCCGCUACGCCGAACCAGGCGAGUUCACCCGUCGCGCAUUCAUGAACGACCGCCUGGGUCUCCCCCAGAUCGAAGCACUAGGCGAUACCCUCUCCGCAGAUACAGAACAACAGCGCCGACUAGCCGUGCGCGGAUCCAGCGAUGCCCUCUUAAAGCGGUAUGAGGCAUGGCGGCAGCAAUUGCUGUAUGCGCGCGGCGAGUUAGAGGCGCUGAUUGAUUUCUCUGAAGAUCAGCAUUUCGACGAGUCGACCGAAGAGCUAGUUUCUUCUGUUGCGACACAGGUGGGUGCGUUGAGUGUGCAGAUCGGGUUCCAUAUUCGGAAUGCGUCGCGUGGUGAGCUGCUCAGGAACGGGAUUAAGGUUGCACUUUUGGGUGCGCCGAAUGCCGGGAAGAGUUCGUUGUUGAACCGCGUUGUUGGGAAGGAGGCUGCUAUUGUUAGUACUGAGCAGGGGACUACUAGGGAUAUUGUUGAUGUUGGGGUUGAUCUUGGUGGGUGGUAUUGUAAGCUUGGUGAUAUGGCGGGGAUUCGUGCCGAGAGUGGGGAUGGGUCUGGUGAGGUUGUUAUUGGUGCUGUUGAGAAGGAGGGUAUUCGCAGAGCUAGAGAGAGAGCUUUGGAGUCUGAUGUGGUUAUUGUGGUGGUUUCGCUGGAAGAAACCGCUGAUGGGGUUCGUCUCUUCGUUGAGCCAGAGGUUCUCGAUGCGGUCAAUGACUGCGUGGAUGCGGGCAAGUGUCUUCUUGUGGCGAUUAACAAGUGUGACAAACUGCACCCUGAUCUGAAUGGUGGUGUACCACAGACGUUAUCUAAUACGAUCCACGAGAUCUUCCCAGCAAUACCAGCAGAUCGCGUAUUUGCCAUUUCAUGUGAAGAGGCACAGCGUGGAUCUUCUACAGCCACCACAGACCCCGGCAAUCUACAAGCCUUUCUACGCGGCCUAAUCUCGACAUUCGAACAAAUUGCCUCGCCUCUCGGCAUGGAUGGAGAUGGAAGUGCUCAAUAUGAUCUUUCGUAUUGGGAGGAUUCCCUAGGCGUCACCCAUCGCCAAAGCUCUAAUCUACAAAUCUGCCUCGACCAUCUGGACGACUUCAUGUCCCAAGCUUCUUCCGCCAAAUCCUCCGACUCACACAAGGGUGAGAUUCCCUCUAUUUACCACGAGUCGGAAAUCGAUAUCGUCACUGCUGCGGAGCACCUGCGCUUUGCGGCGGAUAUGUUGGCCAAGAUCACAGGUAAAGGCGAAAGUGGAGAUGUCGAGGAUGUAUUGGGAGUUGUCUUUGAGAAAUUCUGUGUCGGCAAGUGAAUGGUCCGAUUGGACUAUGCUUCCGAUGUGACCAUGUUGAUUUGCAGCACUGUCCGAG